AUGGGAGGCUUGCGCCGCCCAAGCCCUCAACCCCAGUCCAACGACCCCAGCCUCUCCAUCGUUGACGCGGCUACAGCGAGUUUAUCCAACCUUGAAAGCGAGCCAAUCACAAAUGAUAAGUUUUUCCUCGACACCGCUCACCUGGAUUUUGACACUCCGAUUCAGACCCGCCCAAACCCCAAUCACGUAGACCAACGCGGAAAAAUCCACCGAUCUCAAAAUACUUCCUCUUAUCAGCAGCAGCCGUGGGAGCCCCACACCGCCUCCAAUGGAUCUAAUUUCUCCCCACAAGCCUUUGAAGUCGCUGACGAGCUUGGAAUUACGACUUCAGCUCCACCAGAGACUUAUGCGGCCCGGAGAAAACAUGCCAGACCAUUAGGAGUUGGAAAAUACGUCCAGCGUAUAAUAGAGUUGAACAAAUUGCGCCAGCAAGGUAUGCUUGAGGGUUCAUACGAAGCCCAUUGGAAAACUCUAAUCCCGAGCUUCUUUAUCCCCGAAGCUACGCUCCACAUCGAUCUGAAGCAGAAUGAAAUUCUAGUCCCUCGAAGCGUGAAAGUUCCGGUGGAGCUAAUGCCACGAUUGUGGAAAGCAAAGGUUGAUGCCGGGUUGAAGGAAGAACGCAUGCUUUUAGAGAACCCGUGCGAGUUUCAGUAUCCCAACGGAGCUGUAGAAGUCCACUGUCCACGGACAUUGAUAAUUUCUGCAUAUCCGGAUCGCACAAUAUACACUGAUGGAUAUCUCAGAGUCACUUUUCAAGGAGACAGAAAGAUCGCAGUGUGGCAGUUUAAUACAAAACAGCACACCGAAAUGUUCACCCGCACACAUGUUCAUGCUGCGAGCAACCUGCGGCCUCGAAUGGAUCUAGGAAUGCCAGUCGCUGUGGUCCGAAUGUUAUACAUCGCUACUGACAUCCAUCAGCUCAAAGAUCGCAUGAACGAUGAGAUUACAUCACUUUUGUCGAAUCCGCAGCGCAUGCAAGGUCUACACAGCUUAAUUUCUCCAAGUAUAAAGCGAGAGGUCCCUGUGAAAAAUCGCCCUGUUGCGCCAGCUGUUCAGAACGGAAAUGCGUUCAAGACAUUAAGUUCCGUUGUCGAAGGGAGUCAAUUAGGGCAAAGCCGAGGGGGAAGUCUAGGAAUACCAAUGCAAAGUGGAGAAACCGCGGCAGGGGCACGGCUCUCUGGAGACCUAAACAUGGACCUUAAAGGGGACCUCCAGGGCGAAAGUAACAUUGUGCCAAACCUCGGAGAACCGCUGAACGCUUUGAGAUCGGAUCCAUCACAGGCAAUGAUGUCCUUUCAUGAGGCGAUGAGGCAACCGUACAUGGCUGGAAACGCUCAGAAUGUUCCUAGCAGCGGUGGUCACAAUCACGGAGACCUAAAUCUAAAGCCGAGAAAGGCUGCUUCAGGGGUCGCUGACGGAAGAAUAUCUCAAACACGGCACGGCAACGUAAUUGACGCAGUAAAUGCUGUAGCCUCGGGGCAGGGUUCAUGGGGAAUGUCCGCACCAAAUGGACAUGGAAUGGGAGGUAAUGUGGGGGGCGGAGAAGAUCUAGAGCGCAAUCUUCAGCUUCUGAGCGCACCGCAAGGGAACUUCUCGGGUAGGCAGGACAGUACCGCAGGCCAACGUGCAAGCGUGCAAGGACACAAUGCCCCACCCGGUUUAAAGAUCUUUAGUCCCCAAACAAACCAGUCCGGCCAAGAGUCAGAGCAGCAGCCACGGCGAGGUCGAGGCAGUACGGGAUCGCGUGCGGCGGGAUCUGUCAGAGGGCGAGCUGCGGCAGCUGGACAAGGGAUGAAAGGGCGUGGAAGCGUCCGGGCAAUUCAUUUGCAGCGGGUAAACUCGGCAAAGUCGAAACAGGGGGCCAUCAUAGAGGCUCGACACAACGGAGGCGGUGGAGGCAAUCAUGGAAAUUUUGUAGGAACGUCACAGGGGUUGACGGAUCAAAAUAUUGUGGGAAAUAUUGCAAACAACUCAAGGGCAGAAAGCGUGAAACCGCAAAACGAGCGGCAGCUUGGAAAUCGACGGCCUCCACAACGAACUUCAUCAACUGAUGAGCGGCCCGAUAAACGGCAAAAGUCUUCUACCCAAAAUGGAUGAUGGCAGUGCACUAAAGCGUUCACUCUUUUCUUCAUUUCGGUUCAUUGGUCUAGACUCGUGUAUUGCGAAACAGUCGGGUGGAAAGGACAUAAAAUUCAUGUAUAGAAGCUGCCGCUAUUGUUGUCCUAUUAUUGCUCUCCUCGCUGGAUAACUGCCACCGUUACGUCGCCGAGUUGCGUUUUGUCUCGGGUAAGCCUCUUUGGGUGAGAAACUGAACUAGACUGUUUCUUUUGUGAUUAGAUCAUGUUUCCCAGUACGGCAUCUCUCUGGCCAAACUCGCGAAAGGCAGCUUUCGAAACACAUCUGACAGCCA